AUGUCAACUGAGAAAGAAACGCCACUCAUUGCGGGGCUAUCGAUGCCCCAACAAAAGCCCGAUGCUGCGAAACUUCUUCAAUCGGCUCGCGAGGAUGGAUACGACUAUGUUAUAACUGAUCUCCCUCUUUCCCAAGAGGCCCGAUCUGACGUUAUUGCCCUCACAGGUCGGUGGUGGCGAACAUCCAUAGUCGGAAAUGUUCCAGAAGAUCCCCCAGAAGCGUUGCUGAAGAACCUCACUAAAUAUCUUGAAUGGGCAAUUCACAUGGGGAUCCCAGCGGUAAUUUUGCCGUCUCCUCCAAAGGAUAUGGUUUUCGAAUAUGCACAAGUUCUUCAAAGCCUAGCAAUCGACGCGCAAUCGAGCAAUACGCAAUUAUGGAUCAGGACUCUCUUGAAUGAAGAGUCUUUACAACGCUAUGAAUUGCUUACUCGCCUCUGCGAUGGGCAACCCAAUAUUGCCACGAUGCUAAUAAUGGAGCCAUUGAAGCCAACGAGCUCUCCUGCAGCAGCAACAGCAUCACAGAUCAUCAUGUUACAUAAGGCAAUUGGAGCACAGCUGAAAGCGGUAUGCUUUCCGACGAGCGUUUUCCUCACAAACAAAAGAGGCUAUCCAACUUUAUCGAAGUCUCAUCAAGUUUUGUUCACGGAGGUGCUGAAAAGGAUUGGAAGGACCGUGCGCAUACUGAUUGAAGGCGCGCCAAAGCACGAUAUUCCCGGAGCAGGAGACGGAAUGGGGUCAACAAAAUGUCUGCCAUACCUACAGUACAUUCGUCAUAUUCGGCAAAGACCAGAGUGUGUUGCAGCUUUGGACACGGAAGAAGCAAGCUUGGAGAGUGGUUAUUUGGAUAGUCUACAACGUCCACUGCAACCACUCAAAGACCACUUAGAAUUUUCAAUGUACGAGACGUUCGAAAAAGAUCCUGUGAAAUACGCAAAGUACCAAGAGGCGUGCACUAUGGCUCUCUCGGAUGGAAUGGCAUCUAUGAAGCCCGACUCCGCAUCCCCAAAGAUGAUUACAAUUGCAGUCGCUGGAGCAGGACGAGGACCAUUGGUUAUGAGAGCAAUUCGGGCUUUCAAGUCAUUGAAUGCAGACCCGACCGCUGUUGUCCUCAGAGUCUUUGCGUUGGAAAAGAACCCGUCAGCUGUCGUUUAUCUCCAAAGCAUGGCUCAGAAUCAUGCCGAUUGGAAGGGUAUUGUCACUAUAGUCCAUACGGACGCAAGAAAGCUGACAUUGGAACACCUUGGAGGCCGAAAGAUUGAUAUUGUUGUCUCAGAACUAUUGGGCUCAUUUGGAGAUAAUGAACUGUCCCCCGAAUGCCUUGAUCCUCUAUUGGCAUCCGAAUGUUGCAAACCGUCAACCAUUUCAAUCCCAAUGCAAUAUACCACCUUCGUUGCGCCAGUAUCUAGUGUCCGUUUGCACACUGAUGCUCGCCAGCAAGCUCAAGUACCACACGAAGGUGGUCAAACUCUCGGUUUGCAACGCGCAAUGGAGACAUCAUACGUUGUAAGGAGCCAUGCAGCUAGUCAAACUCAUCCAGAGCAAACUUGUUGGAAUUUUCAGCAUCCAGCAAAAGAAACUGGCAUGGAGCGUGCUGUAUCCUUGGAUUUUGCACCCGAUGCUACAUUUGCUGCGGCUGCUGGUUCCGGAUAUGGAGCUUUGGACCCUGCGAUAGCGGGUAUCGUCAGUCAAGUCCUACCAGGCUCAGGAGGGGCUGUGACCCUUCAUGGACUCCUCGGCUCCUUUACUGCAGUACUGUAUGCGAGUAAGGAUCACUACUCCGAACUCUCCAUUGCACCUCAUCGUUUUUCGGAAAAGAUGUUUUCGUGGUUCCCAAUAUAUUUCCCAUUCCGCGAACCCCUUCAUGUUCCAUCUGGAUGCAGUGUGGGUGUAAAGAUGUGGCGAAAGACAGCUGAUGGUAGGGUCUGGUAUGAAUGGUGCGCGAAAGUUCAUAAAAAUGGCACAACGAUAGCCGUGACACCAAUCCAUAACCCAAAAGGAAGAUCAAGCGAUGUGUCUCUGUAG